UUUUUAGUGGGGAAGACUUCCUUGAUCACCAGGUUCAUGUAUGACAGCUUUGACAACACCUACCAGGCAACAAUUGGCAUUGACUUCUUAUCGAAAACCAUGUAUUUGGAGGAUCGAACAAUCAGGUUGCAGCUGUGGGAUACUGCGGGUCAGGAACGUUUCCGUAGCCUCAUUCCCAGUUACAUCCGUGACUCUGCUGCUGCUGUAGUAGUUUACGAUAUCACAAAUGUAAACUCGUUCCAGCAAACAACAAAAUGGAUUGAUGAUGUCAGAACGGAAAGGGGCAGUGAUGUCAUCAUUAUGCUGGUGGGAAAUAAAACAGAUCUAGCAGAUAAGAGACAAGUGUCCAUCGAGGAAGGAGAAAGAAAAGCCAAAGAGCUGAAUGUAAUGUUCAUUGAAACUAGUGCAAAAGCAGGAUACAAUGUAAAACAGGUGAGUAAAUGUGUUGGCCACCAACUAGCCCUGAGACUACUUCUGUUAAUGCACUGUUGUGGGAACAGGAGUUCCCUCCACACCAGGGAGCCUUUGCAGAGGCUGUCAGAGGGAUGUGGUAGUCCAUACACAGUGAGCACUGUCUCAGAGUUGAAUUGUUGGCUGAGGCUCACAAGGAUCCCUGAUGUUGCAGCAAAUGGCUCGGAAUGUCUUUCCUCUCAGAAAAGAGGAAUUACUGAAGAAGCUUUGUGGGUACAGAAUCAUACUUUCCCUAGAUUCCUCAUAACUAGAGAAGACAUGAUUGACAUAAAACUGGAAAAGCCUCAAGAGCAGCCUGUCAGUGAAGGAGGCUGUUCCUGCUAAUACCAUGUGGCUUCUACCUUUCUCCAGAACAUCACUGCUUUCCCUCCCUUUACUCUUCAUUGACUGCAGUGUGAAUAUUGGCUUGAACCUUCCCCUUUCAGUAAUAACGUAUUGCAGUUCAUCAUCGCUGGCUGUCUCGUGGAGAUGAUCUAUUAGCUUCACAAGCACACACACACACACACAAAGAAAAUGUCAGUGUCUUCAUUAUUUAUAAGAAAAAUAAAAGCCAAAAUAUUCCAGCAUAUUCUAGUUAUAACUUUAAAAAAAAAAUAGGUACAAUUUCUUAAUAUUUGUUCCUUUUUUAAUAUGUUAUGAUAUUGCACUUUGAAAUGAUGGAAACUGAGCAAGUUUUGAAUUGGACUUAGACGAGAUGUACGUGCAGAAGAAUGCUUGCAAAUCUUACCCAUUUGAUUUCUCUAACAAACUGGAAAUGGCUAGACAGCAGUCAGAAACGCAAGCGGAGGUGGCAUAUGCCGAGGGUGAAACGCUUAUCCUUACAAUAACGAAAAAAAAAUAACCCCAAGCUCUUAAUCUUUUGAGCAAAGAUAGUCUGACUGGUUUUCAAACCCCCAAAACGUUUUUUUUGGAAACCAACCUUAGCGGGGGUUUCGAUACCACGAAAGGCUACUGGAAUUUUUUAGUUCUUGCAGAGGCAACGUGAACACACUUCCAAGAAAGCAAACCCAGACAUACAAAGUGUCUUUCUGAACGGGAUGGAUGGCUUCUGGAGGAUUUGGGGGGGAAGGAAAGGGUGGAUGUGCAUUAGCAAAACACUUGCAGGAAACAGGGAAAUACGUUUUGAGUGCAAGAUGAGUUUUAAGAGCAAUUUUUUUUUCCCCCCUUUUAUGUAGAACACCAACAAAGUAAACUAUUACUGCCCGAGAGAUGAGAACGUAAUGUUUCAGCUGGUUGGAGGAGAAAGCGGUUUGCUUUUUCUUUUUUGUUUUUUAUUUUUUUGUAGGGGGAGAUAAUUAGAUGAAUUCAGGACUGGCACUUAAAACCUGCCGAAGCGGAUUGAAACCUUUUAAAAAUGUAAAACCAGAAGGAGGAAAGAGCAGCUGGAGGAAAUGCCGUGCUCACGGCUGGGGGAGAGGGGGCGGUGGAAGGGGGAAUCGCACCCGCUUUUCCGUAGCGUGGUCGUAGGUCGAUUGGGGAAGGGGGUGUCUACUUUGAUCGUGCAGAAAUCUAGUUGAGAGAUCUUAGAUGGAAAGGAAGGGAGUUUAAUAGGAUGGAAACCAACUUAUGAUUAUGCAGAUUGAUGCCUUUAUUUUUUAGCAAUUUUUUUUUACGUUCAGUCUUCCAAAUCUAGUUUGGUUUACUAGAGCUGUAUAGUUUGGUUAAAUAACUAGUAAUUUAGUUUUCUAUUUAACUAGGCUUACAAUUAACCAUUUUUCUUCAAUAUUUAUUUCUUUGCUUAAUUCUUUUUUUUUUUUACUAUUUUCAGUAAUUAUUUUUCAUUUUGUUUUGCUGAGGAAUCUGUUUAGAGCUUUGCUGAUGUUGCGAGAUGUAGCUACCUGAGAAACACGGAAUCGAACACACUAGAAGUGCACCCUUUUAAUCUUUACUAGUCAUUGUGAAGUUGCUGUGUAAGUUAAUAAACACAAUUGUAAAUACAUUGUUUGCUGGGCGAAUAUGGCUGAGUUACAGUGCAGGAAGGAAUUCUUGAGUCUGUGUUGCGAUUGCUACUUAACAAUUGCAAGCAAAUAUUCAGGCUCCUCCUUUGUUCUCUUCUGCCCCUCUACCAUCUAAAAUAACCAACGGGGAAAGAGAAGGGAAUCGUCUUCACCACCACUUUUUCACCAGGAAGCAGGCGUAAAAAAAUUUGGAAUUCUUCAUUCCUGAAGCAAACGCUUAGACUCGUGCCCUGCCCUGGGUUUAUAGCAACUCUGCACAACAAUAACUUAAAGGCAGAACGAGAUGUAAAGUGCUUUUAUAAUGCAAUAUUAAAGGCGAGUUUUUUUGACGUGGCAUGUCUUGAAAUAAACAUCAAUGAUAUGUGA